UCUCUGCCAUCUAAAUAUCUGUAUCUCGAGAAAUUAGAAUUAUUCUCUCAAGAUAGCUAAAACAGAAGAAAAUUAAGGGCAAGAAUGGAAACACCAAGGGCUAUGGCACUUCUUGUUCUUAGAGUUCUUACUAUGUUGUUGUCAGCUGGUACGAUUCCACUCAUGAUUACCAACAGCUUCGAACUUAGUGGAGGCGAGAAAACCAAAUACAGUGACAUUAAGGCCUACAGGUAUGUACUAGCAGCCGCAAUAGGAGCAGUUGCGUACUCAAUUAUUCAGCUACCUUGCGCAAUGUAUUAUGCCUGCACGGGAAACAGGCUUAUUCAUGGCAGGUUCCUUGUUAUGUUGGAUUUCUACGUAGAUAAGGUGUUAACUUUCCUCAUGGCAAGUGGAGUUGGUAUGGGUUAUGGUGUCAGUUCUGAACUCAAACAUUUCUUAAAUGGAAUGGUAGACAAUAUUGAAUCAUCUGGGAUUGAUGCAUAUGAAGAAUUAAGGACCAAGAGCCAAAAGUUUUUUGACAAGGGUACUUUAGCAACUAAUCCACUUUUGGCUGGAUUUUCUACCAUGGUACUUCUCACCAUUCUUACUUCCUUCCGCCGCAAAUGAAGACAUUUCUGGUGCAACAAAUAAUUAGUGAAUAAACCUCGAUCGAGUCUGUUAGUGCGAGGGGAAUUUUAGUAACUCAGUUGGUUGACUAUCUGAACUUUCACCUUGUUGGUGAGGUUUGAUUCUCCACCUUGUAAUUCCCUUCCCCAUUUCCCGUAUCCAAAAAACAAAAAAAAAGAAUCUGUCGGUGUGAUGUUUAAUGAUCUUUCUUUUUGGUGUUUCGAUUUUAAGAUGCAAUAAUAUUAUAUAUGUACUUGUCUCAAUAAAUAUCAAAAGAUGGAAAUCUA